UCAUUCUGUUUACAUGUCCUGUCCUCUACAGCAUAACUUACACCACAUCGAAUAGACACCAUGUCGCACGUCACCUCCAAGCCGCCCCGCAACCCGCCCGCAGUAAUGGACUCGAUCCUCGAGAACGUGGGCAACACGCCGCUGGUCCGCCUCAACAAAGUCCCUCAAUCAAUCGGCGUCAAGUGUGCUGUCUACGCAAAAUGCGAGUUCUUCAACGCUGGCGGCAGUGUCAAGGAUCGCAUUGCCCUGCGCAUGGUGGAAGCAGCAGAGAAAGAGGGUCGCCUCAAGCCAGGACACAGUGUGCUCAUUGAGCCUACCAGUGGCAACACCGGCAUUGGAUUGGCUCUGGUCGGCGCCGUCAAGGGAUACCGCACCAUCAUCACUCUUCCCGAGAAGAUGAGCAGUGAGAAGGUCAGUGUCCUGAAGGCACUCGGCGCGGAGAUUAUCAGAACUCCUACAAGUGCUGCUUGGGAUAGUCCCGAAAGUCACAUCGGUGUGGCGAGGAAGCUCGAGAAAGAGAUCCCAGGUGGUAUCAUUCUGGAUCAAUACAGCAAUCCGAACAAUCCUUUGGCACACGAGUUUGGCACGGCAGCAGAGAUUGUGGAUCAGACGAAUGCACUGUCCUCGACUUUGAAAGCUGUUGUGGCAGGUGCGGGUACUGGUGGCACUAUCACAGGUAUAUCUCGGGGCAUCAGAAAGGCACAUGGAGAUUCCGUGAAGAUUGUUGCCGCAGAUCCCAAAGGUUCUAUUCUCGCUGUGCCAGCCACGCUGAACGAUGAAGGCAAGGACAAGCCAUACAAGGUGGAGGGCAUUGGCUACGAUUUUAUUCCCGAUGUGCUCGCACAGAAGGAGGUAGAUGUGUGGUACAAGACCGACGACCGAGAUUCCUUCUACUGGGCGCGCAGACUCAUACGUGAGGAAGGCCUGCUCGUUGGCGGCAGCUCCGGCUCUGCCAUGGCAGCAUGCAUGAAGGCGAUCAAAGAGAUGAAUCUGGGAGCCAACGACUCAGUGGUUGUCAUUCUGCCAGACAGCAUUCGCAGCUAUCUCAGCAAGUUCGUCGAUGAUGACUGGCUUGCGGCCAACGAUCUCCUUCCACCAUCAGAGCCCCUCACUGCGCCUCCAACGCCACCAAGUCCCGCUGCUGAGCCAGCGGUCACCGAGAACGACGGCAAGCCAGAGGCUCUCCCAGCACUCACUACAACUGAAACCAAAGACGAACACAAGAACGCCAAGAUUCGAGAUCUUCGCCUCAAGCCCAUCCAGACCAUCGCCGUGAACCAGACCGUAGACGAUGCCGUCGAGCUCAUGCGCGACAAGGGCUACGAUCAAAUCCCCGUCACCGCCGCUUCUGGCAAACGCCUCGUCGGCAUGGUGACACUGGGCAACUGCCUCUCCUACCUCUCAUCCGGCCGCGUCACCAUCAACAGCCCCAUCGAGGAUGUCAUGUUCAGCUUCAGCAAGAUCGACGAAGUCAAGCCCAUUGAAAAGCAUCCCGGUGGCGCCGAAGGCGAGGAGAGCAAGCGCGAGUUUGUGGAAAUCACCGUCGACACACCUCUCACAUACCUCGAGCGCUUCUUCGUGUGGAACGCUGCGGCCAUAGUCACCGAGCGAAGCAGUGACAAUACUCUCAAGGCCGUCGCUGUUGCGACCAAGGUCGAUCUCCUCCUUUGGCUCGUGAGACAAGGUCGAGCACAGAAAGGCUCUGCUUAGAAUAUGUACAUUUUACCUAUAUUGCAGUACAUUGCAUUGCAUUGCAUUGCACUGUCGAUUUGAGCGAUGGCGUUGGCGGACUCUUUUUUUUUCUGUUUCUCGGAGUCCAAUUAAGAAGUGAGUGAGGCGCUUCUUGAAUAAAGCAGCAGCAUAAGUAGGUGCUCGGGGUAUGAUUUAUAUCUUACCUUGAGUGCUGGAUGAAUAUUACGCAUUCACCAUCUGUGUCAUUAUUUCCUUUUUUCCAUUUAGUUUUCUUUUUUUCCAUUUUUUCCUUUUCUUUCAAUUGUUAACAGUGGCACGCAACCAUCUCUCCCAUUUCGACUUGGUAGAAGGAUCCAUCAUACCUAAUCAAACGCCUCGUUCAUUCUUAGUAUGUUGGACUAUUUCCCAUGCAAAUUCGUGAUAUAUCUACGUGCUGCUCCUCCCGCGCUUUUUCCCAAUUGGCUGUUCAUACGCUGAUAUGCUAUCGCCUCAAAUUCCGAAGUCAUCCCCUGCGAUACCGACAAACGCCACCAUAACCUGCGAGAGACUGUCUGAGCUCUGACGACGCUAUCCCGGACACUACCUGAUCAACGUCUUGGCUGAUAGUACUGCUGCUGCCCGCUCAUCUGUGACUGUUGUUGCACGGGUGCAUACCCAUAUGAUUGCUGUAGCGGAUUCAUGCCUGGCUGUGGCACGUACUGUCCACCAUGGACGCUGGACCGAGGUUGCUGCUGAACAAAGCCCUGUUGUAGCAUUUGCAUUUGCUGCAUCUGAGCUUGCUGCUGCAACAUCUGCUGCUGCAUCAUGCCUGGUGACCAUGACUGCCUAUGUUGAAGUAGAUCAGGCAUCUGCUGCUGAUAGAUUGCUUGUUGUGGUGGAAUCACACCCAUUCUCUGCGCCCGCUCGUGUGCCAUCUGGUUAAAGUGAGCUGUCUGUGCCGCCUUCUGCGCUGCCAUUUGAGCUUGCUUCUGUUUUUCCUGCUGUGCUUUUAAAGCUGCCUGCUGGGCCUGUGCCUGUUGUUGGUAUGUCGUAGCAACUGCGCCCUGCACUACGCUGUUCCGGUAGGGGCUGGAGGCAGCCUUUUCACGCUCGCGAUCUGCAAGCGCGCCAAUAAGACCUUCAUUAUCGAACGUGUUCCUGUUCCCCACGUUUACAUUCAUGUCGACUAGUGGAGCUCCUGUCAAACGAGACACUUGCGUUCUCUCCCUAGCACUCAGAUUGACAGGCUGUGUGCUGGCAAGCAACCCUCCUCCGCUAGAGCUUCUCAACAGGUUUCGCGAAAGUGGCCUUUGAGGCGGCGCAGCGAGCGCCGACCAGUCUCCAGAAGCUGCACGCCGGAAAGGUGGCGGAGUCUUGGUCCUGGACUUUCGUAGCUGCGAUACAUCAUUCGUGGACGCGUGUCGUCCAUGGGCAAUCGAGGUACUUAGAGGGUCCGGGCGCUGAGAGUACUGUGGCUGCGGCGCGUACUGAGGCCGUUGCGAUUCUUGGUACUUCAGCUGGACAUACUGGUCCGGUGUAAGACCUGGGUGAGUGGUGCCGACUGCAGCGGUGCCGGGUUCCCACAUCAUGCUUUGUCUUUUGCCCACAGCCAGUUCACUCUGCUGUCGAGCCUCUAUUCCGGUGGGUGUUGGCGUUCUUGCUCCAAAAUAUGAAGUGCGCCUGUUCUCGGUAGGGCUGUCUCCUGAGUCGAGAUGGCCGCUGAGUCUCGAUGUUGAGCCAUGCCGCAAUUCAUCUCGUGAUCUUGAUCGGUGCCGUUUCCCCAUGUCGCCCGGAGUCAUCGUUCCACUAGUAUUGGGUCUACUAUGCACCUUGUACGUAUAUGUUGGGCCAAACUCGACUGUCGGAAUCUCUGAAGAUUGCUCGGUUCUGUCCUUGUUCCAAGUGUCUAGCUUGCUUGUACCGAACGCCCGCACCUGCUCCAUGGCCAUAUUGGGGUCACCGACAGUCCUGAGCUUUCCACGCCGCUCGGACACCUUUUUCUCCUGCUGCUCUUCUUCCUUCUUCCGCUCCUCCAUUGAUGGCCGACCAGAGCUCGCAUAAUCUGGAGUGUCUGUCGAAACGAUCGUGCUGGUGCGGUCGCUGGGAUCGUUCAAUACGCGUUCUGAUGUUCACCACGAGCAAGGGAGUUUUGGCCUUCCACUGGAACCUGUGGCAAUUGCCGGUUUGGCAGCGGCUUUCGAUUCACGUUUUGUGAUGAUCGAUUAUUGAUCAAACCAGGCCGCUGUUCGUUCAUGCUUGCUGCAGCGAGACUGUCGAGCGAUGGCUUUUCUUGCGCGUCAAAGUACUCGCCAUCAGUUGCAUGGAAUGGCGAGCCUGGUAUCGAUUCCAGACGAUUCUGUCCAGCUCCGUGACUUUCGUUGGAAGCAUAGCCCUGUGACUGGUUAGCAGGACCAAGGUGAGGAUCACGAAAAGCAAGGGUCUGCUCGUGGCCUUGUGCGCCUGCAUAGCCUCCCUCAUCAGAACCGCGAACGGCGUCCUGCAUCUGAUGCAGAGUGGCGUCAUCUACGUUCGACUGGGCGCGUCGAAGUUCAUGUGGCAUGUGCGGCUGCGUGGCAGGACGACCACGCGGGUUGUGCUGCAGCUCUGGAGGAGAAACCACGGGUUCUGGCGGAGGCAGGUAAGGCGAGCCAGCAGCAGCGACUUGCUCGUAAGGCGACUUGGUCAGUAGUCUGUCGUCGGACCGGACCUCUUCGAUGGGACUCUGAGCCUCGCCAGUGUUCGCAGCAAGGACACCCCCAUGCAUUGGUGGCACCGGAGGCUGCUCGUUCUCGUCACGCCCACUCUGCUCAUAAGACAGUCUCGAAGGCGUCUCGGUCAUAUACUUCCGAUACCCAUGUGCGUCAGAUACAGAGCGCUUGUGGGGGCUUCCAUUCAACGUUACAGGUGGCGCAGAGUCUGUACGCCUGGGCGGCUGCAGUGGGUCACCUCUUGUCGGAAGUGGAGAACCAGAUCGCGAGCCGGGUGUCGAAUGCGUGCCAGCCUGGUCCUGGAACUGCAGGACACUUCUUCCCGGAGGCAGUGAAUUGCGGCUUGUGGUGUUGCGUCUGGGAGUCACGCCACGGGCUCCAUUUUCGACCUCGGUGGCCAUGCGAGUAGACGUGAGCUUCCUCAUCUCUUUCCGCCACUGUCGCUCACUCCAAUUCUGACUGCCUUUCUCGUGUAUCAGGCCAGAGACGUCCAGAAUGUCCAGAUACCCGUAACGGCGGUCUUUCGGCAUUGCGAACAUCAAGCCCCGAGCGUCUAAAGUAUCUGCGAUAAGCCGGGACGGUCUGCCGUACAGUGCGAAAGUGUCGUACACAGGGAACAACCACCUGAGCAUCAUCUCAAAGCCGCUCACGGCAGCAUGCACUUCUGGCAUGACGAAGACGAAGCCUUCAGUAGUAGUCUCUUGACCUCCAUGUAUCGUGACCAGCCCCUCUAGCUUUACUAAUGUAGAUUGUUCUACCAGUGGCUUCGAUUGUGGAUAGAUGGCGUAUGCAGCAUAGGCGUCGCUAAUGGUGGCGAUCGGUUUCGUCUUCUUCGUGAUCUUCCUGGUAUCGUAGAAUUUGAUGUCGCCCUUGGGCAAUUCGGCGCGGCCAUAUGUACCACCCUUCUUCAGAGUCUUCUGGGACUUCUGCCACUCCUUCUCGUCUGGUGGAGAGAUCACACACCAGCACCUCUGCCAGGGAGUGCCAGCUCCGAAGCGAACUCUGGCCCAGUCGUCGUAGGCAAAUCGUGAUCGUUCCAUAAUCUGCUUGAUACCAUUCAAGUAUCGACCUUUGCCUGCAAUCAAAGACCCCGUAUAGGCUUCCUGCAGAGUCGAAUGCUCGAACAUGGCAAGGCGGAUGCCUGCAGUCCAUUGAGUCAGAGAAUUCAGAGAAUUAAAGUGCAACAAAUAGCGAUUGUUGGCUGCUGUCGACAAGCUGAGCACAUUCUGAAGGCUACCACCAGCUGCGCCAUUCAUAGGAAGUGAUUCGAUCAUUUUGAUCGAGGCGUCGCUGAGGUUGAUGAAGGUUGGCACGACCUCGCCGUCCUCGCCCGCCGCGUCUAGUGCCGCAGCAUCCCACAAGGACAACACCGUGCCCACGAGCUGCGCGAAGCACUCCGUCCACGUACGGUCUCGACUGGGUCUGCCACUAGAGUCCAAAUCAUGCAGUUUCAGAAAGUAACCUUCCUGAUACAAUUUGUUGCUGUGGCUGUUCAGGUAGCUGAAUAUAGGCGCGAGCUCGGGCGGCGUGUCAACCGCCAACUCCAUUUGCGGCGGAUUAUACGUCUGAAUCAUGCUGUUGGGACGUGUGUUUGCCCUCGACUCUGCUCUUGCUCGCGACUGAGUGCUCGGCGAGUGUGGUGAGGCCUGGCCAUGAGCGUCGGCUCGGUAUCCGCGUAUUGACUGCGAGGACGUUUCGGUAUCGAGGUUGAGUUUGCGUGUCCGCUCCAUCUCUGAAGGAUCCCGCGAGGGAGGCGUCGCCUUUGCGUGUCGUCCUGGCAGCUCUUUCAAGUCGUCCGUGGUGGGAGAUCGAGGUCCUCCACCCCAUUGGGACAUGAAGGACAAUACUCUAUUGCGAGGCAUGCUGUACAACGCUCUGAUCAACCUGUAUGCUGGGACUUUUGGUGUACCACUUCCGCUCGUGCUGCAACAAAGCUGCACAGUUCCCUGGUCAAUGAAGAAGGGUAGGUAUGUCAGGUAGGUAUGAAAGAAGUUCCAGGGCUGUACGCGGCGCCUCGUCCACGUCCGUCAAGCCCUCCUGCAGACAGCUGAUAGACGCGUAUGCCUGUCGGCGGGUCAGAUGCGCUGAUCUCCUCAGCUCGCGCAGUGAAAAUUAAAGGAUGUGGUUACGGAGGUUCUGGAGAUAUAUAUUUACGAGAAUCGAUUGAUGACGCUCUGGUGCGAAUUCAAGGUUGUUGGGCCGGCACUCCCGAGUGACCUGUCCGCUGUCCGUCCGAUUGAUUUAUGAUUUUUG